AUGGCACACCAUCUACACAGUGAUGUCCUUCCUGGAACUGUCCAUUUGGUAGAUCUGGCUGGGACGCUUAACGUCAGACAUGAGGAAGGUGGAGAAAAAGACAUCGUUCUUCUGCCGCAACCCACGAAUGAACAUGACGAUCCGCUCAAUUGGACCCGGCCGCGAAAGUUACUUUCUGUUGACUUGAUGCUCCUCGCCGUCCUUUCAGGUUGUUUUAUGACCACGCUGUUGUCUGUCUCACUACUGGAUAUUGAGAAGGACACGGGCAUUCCGCUCGCAACGCUGAACUCUGGUGUUGGUGUUCAGUAUUUGUUUUAUGGAUGGUCCAAUCUUUUAUGGCAGCCGUUGGGCCUGUCAUACGGACGACGUCCGGUUAUUCUUGUAGGGGCCGUUGGCAUGCUAGCCUGCUCAGUUUGGACUGCGUAUGUCUCUUCAUCUGGAGAAUGGUAUGCCAACCGACUCUUGAUUGGCGCCUUUUAUGGGCCAAUUGAAACUCUGAUCGAAGUUUGUAUCUCCGACGUUUACUUUGCGCACGAGCGAGGUUUCUGGGUAGGGAUGUAUUGUUGUAUCCUCUAUGGUAGUCCAUUCCUGGGUGGUAUUCCGACGGGCUUCAUUGCCACAAAUCUAGGCUGGCAGUGGAUCCAAUUCAUCGUCUCUAUCAUUGCCGGGGGAUGCCUUUUAGCAGCAAUCUUCCUGAUGGAGGAAACCAUGUUCUAUCGCGAACCCACGCAAGACGAAGCACUGGAUUUCGAUGAAGCCGACAACACCCCAACGAAUACCACCAAGGCUUUAGAUAAUUCCGAAACUGAAGAGAAGAUAUCGACCCCUGUUGCAUCAACACGGGCAGAAAUUGGUGGAAUCUCACCCAAAAAGUCAUAUACGCAAAAGCUGAAGGUCUGGGGCGCACGUAAACCAGGCCAGCCAAACAAUGCCUUGCGAUCAGUAUGGUUGCCAUUCACUUUAGUCCGUUUCCCAGUCAUUGCCAUGUCGGCAGUGCUGGUGGGCGCUGUGCUCUCUUGGUUCAACGUUGUGAACGCCACGAUCGCGCUUGUCGUCGCUGCCCCGCCAUAUAACUUCUCAACCGAAUCUAUCGGCGUUUUGUUUAUAGCCCCAUUCAUUGGAUGCUUGGUAGGUUGUGUCUUUGCAGGUACUCUUGGCGACAAGAUCGCGCUGUGGAAGGCGAGGAGAAAUGGGGGCAUCUUCGAACCUGAGUUCCGUUUGUGGCUGGCUCUUGUUCCGUUCAUAAUACAUCCUGCAGGUUGUAUCCUUUUCGGGGUCGGUGCUGCGCAUGGAAUACACUGGGUCGGACUUGCUUUUGGGCUUGCAAUGGUUGUAGGCACUUUCCCUAUCGGCGCUGCAAUUGCCAUCAACUACAUCAUCGACACGCACAAGGAGGUGGCGGGAGAUGCGCUGGUGACGAUGAUCCUGAUCCGCAACUCGAUGGGUUUCGCGUUCAGUUAUGGAGUAACGCCAUGGAUCACGGCUACGGGCGUGCAGAAUACCUACAUCGCUCUUGGCUUCAUUGGCAUGUUUUUCUGGGGGAUGCCGCUGGUGUUUAUUGUGUUCGGGAAGAAGCUUCGCAAGGCUAGUGCCGUUUCUUACUGGGCCAUGGUAGAGAAGCAGGGGCUUAAGGCGCAUUGA